GUACGCCAGCUGUAGCUCUGAGCGCGCGCACACUGCGAGUGCGAGUCCAGCAGAGAGAGACAGGGAACAGGUGACAGCAUGGCAUCUCUGGGGCUCAAGGCGAUUGUCGGUGAAAAGGUUAUGAAUGAUGUCAUUAAGAAGGUGAAGAAGAAGGGAGAAUGGAAGGUAUUGGUGGUGGACAAGCUCAGUAUGAGAAUGGUCUCAUCAUGUUGUAAAAUGACAGAUAUUAUGUCCGAGGGAAUUACAAUUGUUGAGGACAUAACCAAGCAGCGUGAGCCUCUUCCUACCAUGGAAGCCAUAUAUCUCAUUACUCCAUCUGAUGAGUCAGUUGAGGGUCUCAUCAAUGACUUCAGAGAUCCUCGUAAUCCCAUCUACAGAGGGGCACACGUGUUCUUCACAGACACGAUCCCAGACUCUUUGUUCAACUUGAUAAGUAAAUCCCGUGCCUCUAAAUCCAUAAAGACACUGACUGAGAUUAACAUCGCCUUCCUGCCCUAUGAAUCACAGGUGUUCUCAGUGGACAGACAAGAUGCCUUCCAGGAUUUCUACAGCCCGUUUAAAGCUGAUGUAAAGAACCAGGUCUUGGAGCGUUUAGCGGAGCAAAUAGCCACCUUGUGCUCCACACUGAAAGAGUACCCAGCUGUUAGAUACAGAGGAGAGUACAAAGACAAUGCAGUCCUGGCCCAGAUGCUUCAGGAUAAACUGGACGGUUACAAAGCAGAUGACCCCACUUUGGGAGAGGGACCUGAUAAAGCACGCUCCCAGCUAUUGAUUCUGGAUCGGGGUUUUGACCCUGUCUCGCCAGUUCUACACGAGCUCACGUUUCAGGCCAUGGCCUAUGACCUGCUGCCCAUUGAGAAUGAUGUCUACAAGUAUGAGACCAGUGGAAUGGGUGACACUCGUAUGAAGGAGGUGCUGUUGGAUGAAGAUGAUGACCUGUGGAUGACUCUGAGACAUAAACACAUAGCAGAGGUUUCCACGGCUGUGACUAAAUCACUAAAGGAUUUCUCUGCAAGCAAAAAGAUGAACACCGGAGAGAAGACCACCAUGAAAGAGCUCUCCCAAAUGCUUAAAAAGAUGCCACAGUACCAGAAAGAGUUAAGCAAGUAUUCAACUCACCUGCACUUAGCAGAAGACUGUAUGAAGCAUUACCAGGGCACAGUGGACAAACUGUGCCGUGUUGAGCAGGAUCUAGCGAUGGGCACAGAUGCAGAGGGUGAGAAGAUCAAAGAUCCCAUGAGAGCUAUUGUACCCAUCCUACUAGAUGCCAACGUAACCAUUAUGGACAAAAUCAGAAUCAUCCUGCUCUACAUUUUCCUCAAGAAUGGUGUUUCAGAGGAGAAUCUCUGUAAGCUCCUCCAGCAUGCUCAGAUCCCUCCAGAGGACAGCGACAUCAUCUCUAAUAUGGCCCAUAUGGGGGUUCCCAUCAUUUCAGAGCAAGCAACAACACGUAAAGGGAAGAAAUCUGACCGCAAGGAACGAGUCAGUGAGCAAACGUACCAGCUCUCCCGGUGGACUCCUCUGGUCAAAGACAUCAUGGAGGAUGCCAUUGAAGACAAGCUUGACCCAAAACAGUACCCUUACAUCUCCACACGCACAGCAUCGUCAAAGACGACCACAGCUAGCAGUGCACGUUAUGGAAACUGGCAUAAAAACAAGAGCCCAGGAGAGAUACGCAACGGCCCACGCAUCAUCGUCUUCAUCGUUGGGGGUGUGACCUACAGCGAGAUGCGCUGUGUCUAUGAGGUCACACAGGCCAAUGGCAAAUGGGAAGCUCUCAUCGGCUCCACUCACACCAUCACUCCCGUAAAGUACCUAAAGCAUCUGCAGCACCAAGACUUCCUGGACCCCAAUGCGGCCCCAGAGGACCAGCUUCCUGCAGAAGAUAAGUGAUGAAGACAAGAAAAGAGAAUGGGGUGACGUCAUUACCCUGACUCACUAUUCUGAUGUCAUCAGUGACAUGUUCCAACUAGAUAAGCGUUAAGACCCCCAUACAAUAUAUCAGGAAGUCUGCCACCCUUCAGCACUUCCCUUGUCAGUAAUAGGCUACAGUGAAGUAUAUUACAUAAAUAGCCUCUGUUACAUUUAUAAUCACCUUAACAUUAACCUCAGAUUACAUCACAGACCAUUAUCUUCUCCAUUGUUGGUAUUAUGGGAGCAGUCGACUUGAGUGUACCUCAUAGGUAGAUAAAAUAAGAAGAGAAGAUUAUUUGAACACAGCGUAGCAAAUUGAGUUUGAGAUUCCAGUUUCCUGUUCAGUAAAUUUAUUUUGAAUUGAAUCAGUAGUUUGACCUGCCAUGCAGUGUUAGCCAAGCAUGAUCUGUGUCUGUUACGUGAUCAGUUUAAUACUGGAUGUCCCAUUGUGAAUAUAAACUGCUUUGUGUUAUUUAAAUAUUGUGGUUUGGAGAUAAUAGUUACUAGUCCUGUAUAUAGACUUUUAAAAAAGUAAAACCUCCCUUGUUGAUAUUCUAUUUUUCUUUUACAUCUCGACUGCUCCUUGUGUAGUAAGGCAGUAUGAUUGUUUUUUAAAUGUCAUAAUCUGUUAUUUAUGCUAAGAAUACACAUUCAUGCUGUGUAAAUAUAUCAUCUAUAUGCCAUAUUCAAAUAUAUUUAACAUGUUUAACACAUACGAGGUUAUGAAGUGCAAACUAUUGUCUUGUGCAUAUAGUAAAAUAAACUGGCUUCUGUUAAA